CAUGCAGUCCAUGGUUAGCGGGAGAGCCACUGGCCAGUCCAUUAAUGUCGCAGCUCUUUUCCAGCCCCAAGUGGGGGCCUCUCCAUCGUGGACGCUGGUAUAUCAUCUCCCCCGGCUCCCCUCGUCGUUGGUGCUGUCAGUCAGUCAGAAUCUGUCAAUGGCUAGCGCAUCCAGCUUGGCUGCAACCACCCUCGCUUGACCUUUCCCCCAGAUUGCCCAUUUUAUGAUGGCUAAUGCGACCGUCGGCUACUUGACCGGGGUUCCUAUUGGUUGUGCUUGACUUCAAUUGGACUCUCGCGUAAGAACACCAGCCCUGCUACGCUCCUUCGACCAUCGCCUAUAGUUACCGCCCCGCCCGUCUGUUCUCUACCUGUACCUUACCUCUUGACACCGCCACUAUGCAACUUCCACCCGCCAGUGUCCUGGCGACAUGGCCCACACCCAACUAUGUCGACCCUGUGACCCGCGGAAAUGCCGUCCUCAUCGUGAACGUCACCCUCCUUAGUCUGGCAUUUAUCGUGACUGUCCUUCGCCUAUACACGCGUUUUCGAAUCACGUGCACUCCCGGUCUGGAUGACUUCCUGAUCGUUUGCGCCCUGAUUUUUGCCAUCGGGAUGUGUGUUGUCACGUCCAUGGCGACUAUCAACUGGGGCUGGACUCGACACAUAUGGGAUGUGCCUUUGACCUGGCUACCAAAUGUCAGCAAGUACAAUCUUGCCUUCCAGCUCUGCUUCUCGAUAUGCUCCUCGAUCACGAAGCUCUCGGUUUUAUGGUUCUGCAAGCGCCUUGUCGGAACCGGGAGCAAAGGUCUCUACUGGGGUUACAACAUUGUUCUGAUCAUCGCUAUGGUCAUUGUGCUCAUAUGCUGUCUUCUUUUCGUGUUCAUUAGUAUUUUCCAGUGCACGCCUAUACAUGCAUUCUGGGACCUGGACCCUCAGUACCCUCAUACCUGUCUCAAUGAUGGCGCUGCUGUGUUCUCAGCCAGUGUUGUCAAUGUAUUCACCGAUUUUCUUUCGACUGUGGUCCCAAUGCCCUUGAUUUGGAACUUGAAACUGCCUGUUCGCCAGCGGAUCGCCGUUAUUUCGAUCUUUGCUUUGGGAAUUCUGGUCAACGUCGCAGGCUCUGUCCGAACGGUCUAUGUGUGGAAGAGUAUGAUCGCUUCGUAUGACGCUACUUGGGAGGGCUGGCCAAUUCUCUUGGCCGCCUCCAUUGAGAUCAGUUUGGGACUGAUCUGCGCUUCUGCGCCCGCAUUGAGGCCUCUCGUUGCGUUCUUCCUGCCCCGUCUGCUCCGGACGACUCGCCGCUACUCGUCGGCAUAUGGCCCGAGGUCUCGGGACCAGAAGCUGUGGACCUCGACUGGGCCGUCAAAGCAGUCCAAUUUCAAGGCCGAGGAUCGGAUGUAUGACUGCGAAGGACUCACCAACCAAGACCGUUUGGAGGUCAUGCGCACCGUUGAGAUGGAAACAUUCUCCGAAUCCAGAAGGCCGAGCAAUGUCGCCGGGAACGUCUCUAAUGUUGUGUCGAACCACGCGCGCGUUGCAACACCCACGCAUAACAUCGACCUCAAAAACCACGGGGUGGUUUACACGUCGCCCGGUAGCGACGCGUCCUCUACGUCACUCACACGCGAGGCGAAUGUGGGACCCUCAUAUCACGACCACAGGAAUUUCAUCUAGGAUCUCGCUCUCUGUUCCCGUCACUCCUUCCCUGUCACUUUCUUUACUCUUCUAUUCUGCACAGAAUAGAAAGCCAACUAAUGAUGAUUCAUGUAUAUCCCUAAACCUGUAUACUUAACGAUCCUACGCCAGCAUGUACCUGUACGGAUAAGGCAUUCUCUGGAAUAUGUACCUAUACACCACCCACUACUAAUGCCAUGUUCUUU